CAAAUGACAUAAUAUGUCAAAUCAAUAAAAACAAAUCAAUGUCAUCUUGGUUGAAACUUAAAAAAAUACAAUACAACAAAUUGGAAUCGAAUUUAAACAUCUGAUAUUAAAUUAAAAUAACUUAAAUUUGCAGACCUAAUGGCACCAGGCAAAAAAGGCAAUGUCCAUGGGAAACGUUCUAAUCAUCACGUGCAAAGAGAUUAUGCAGAAAGACUGAGUGAACUUAGCGUACAAUCUUCAGAAGAAAGCGAUGAAAGUGGUUCAGAUGACGAGGGUACUGAAGCAUCUUUCCCGGUUAGCAUGUGGGACUUGAACCACUGCGACCCUAAGAAAUGUUCAGGACGAAAGUUACUGCGGCAUAACCUCAUAAAAAACUUAAAACUUGGCCAACGGUUUCAAGGACUUGUUUUAUCUCCAGUUGGCACUCAGUGCGUUAGUCCAAGCGACAAAGAUAUAAUAGUGAAAUUUGGCCUAGCUGUGAUUGACUGUUCCUGGGCUAAAAUUGAUGAAACACCAUUUGGGAGAAUGAAAUCACCACAUCCCAGGCUUUUGCCAUUUUUAGUAGCUGCAAAUCCUAUAAACUAUGGUAAACCAUACCAACUUAGUUGUGUAGAAGCACUGGCAGCAGCUAUGUUCAUCACAGGACACAAAAAUGAGGCAAGGUUCUAUUUGUCAAAAUUUUCAUGGGGACACUCAUUCUUAGAACUUAAUUCUGAAGCAUUAGAUUUGUAUGCAGCAUGUACUGACAGUAAGAGUGUUUUAGAAGCACAAGCCAAGUUUUUAGAGUCUGCUCAAUCAGAAAAAGAUGACAGACCAAUGUGGCCACCAAGCGAGUCGGAGUCAGAAUCUGAAAAUAGUUCAUAGCAAUUGGCUAUGUCUAAAUGAUUUGUAAUUAAAGAAUAAUAUAUUUAAGCCUGUAAAAA